AGCGUGCUUUCAGUUUCGAUGUUUCUAUGACUCGUGAGGGCAUCACAGUCCUGCCCAAUCACGCGGCGGUAUAAAAGAUAGACUGAACUCCACUCACUCCAUGUUUUUACUACGCUGUGGGGCUCAUGAAGACGGACACCGCCUAUUCAUGUAAAGUCUUUUCAGCUGGAAGUGGACGGGGACUCGGGUCUCAGCGUUUUAUUAUUGUAUUGGUUUUCCUUGGAGUUGUGGCAGAUGAAAACAAACUGACCUAUUCUGCAGAAUGAUUAGGCGUAUAUGUGCUAUUCUGUCGAUGGACGUCAAACUAUUCUCUCCAGAAAUGUUUGAUGAGAUUAGGCUGCAGGCAGAAUGUUUCUUCAGCCAUGUGUUCUAUAUUGUGUAUCUACUAAAAAAAGCCAAACUCUAAGGAGGGGGAAAUGUAGCCACUCAAAGCACUCCAUCUCUUCCUAGGCCUGAUGACAGAUGUGUUAGUGAGGGAGAGCUGGAUAUUUGAUAUGAGGACAGAUUUACUCCACUAUUCCAUGCAUUUUGCUUCAUUAUUUCUGUAUCUGCUGAUCAUGUUGACAAGACAGAUCAAGUGUCAAUCAGGAUGCAGCAAAGAGAGUGUGGAGAUGGUGAAAAGGAUCGCAAGGGAGCUCAGCCAAGUGAAAAAUGAUAGCAUGCUGUACACACCAACUCUAGAUGAUUAUGAGCAGAACUGCUCCAAGUCCACGCUUAUGUGCUUUGCAUUGGAAGUGAAUGUUUUGUUUGUUGAAAUCCAGAAUGUGGCCAAAUAUCGGUCCCACCCCCUUCCAAGGGUCCUCAAGACACUGACAGAUAAGGACAAAAUGAAGCCAUGUCCAGACUGUGAGUUCUAUCAAGAAAAAAGAACAGAGACUUUUUUGCAAACCUUACAAGAUGUUUUACAACGGAUGAAUGCUGAAAAAAGCUGUGCUCCAAAGAAGAAUAAGAGACAUUUAGAGAACUUUAUAAAAAAAAAUAAAUAAAAAAAAAAAAAACAUUAAAAACAUGAUCUGAAGGAGCAGAUUUCUGUGGAUUCCUAAAGCAGUUCUGGAGAAGUUUCUGAAUGGCAAAACAGAAACCAUGUACUAAGCUACAGUACCUACAGUACAUAUCCAUCUGUACAUGAACAUGCAAAUAUAUAUUUUCUUAAAUAAAUGACUUUUAUGGAAUAUUUGUUACAAUAGCCUGUUUUGACAACAAACUAAACCCAUGACCACUUUUUGUUGACCGUUAACUUUCCUAUAAAGUAUAGGUGUGUAGCUAAUAAUACAAGUAGUUGGUUUGGGAAUUGCUGUAGUAUAUUCAACUGAACAAAUUCAUUACUCUCAUCUUGAUUAUAAUAGUGUAAUAUAUCUGAACUGAAGAUGUAACUAGUCAGGGGAACCAAAGUCAUGAGCCUGGGCCAUAAAAUGUGAAUAAAAACAAAUGUUGGCAAGUUAUUAAAUUGACAAUAAUAAGUGUUACACAUUAUUGGCUAUUUAAUGACUGUUGCAAUAUUGGCAAAUAAAGUUAUGCUGUCUCACUGCUCUGUAAUUUUGGAAAGGAAAGAGUCUGCUAAGAAAAAAAUGAUCUGAUGCAGAUUAUCUGAAGAUCGUCCAAAACCAGUUGCUAUAACUGUGCUCUGCUUUCAACAUUGACAAACGUCCUUUGAUUUUGGUAGGGUUUUUACCUGCAGAACAUCUUAUACGCUAUGAUUGGAUUGUCCACCAGCAAAACUUUAUAAGGUUGCUGUAAUAUGAAAUGUUUCAGGACAGUAAUACUAAUUUAUUGCAAUUUGACCUUUGUAGCUGGUGUAUAACUUUGCAGAGAACAUAUGAUCACACUACAUAAUAGCUUUAAAUGUAUAUCACUAGAAAACCAGUUCAGCAUACAUUUACAAUGCUAGAUGUUUGGAUGUAUUACACUAUUGUUCUACUUCAUGACAUGAAAGGAAUUUGACAGCCUUCAGGUAUUAUAGUGGCAUGUUGACCUUCCAAAAAUAUUGUUUUAUCUACCUAUCCCCAACUGCUGAAUAAUUUUAUUGCAUUUAUAAUUGUGUACAAUAAAAAGACAACACU